AUGGGCCAACUUCUAUGUUGCGGCUGGGAGGAGUCCCAACAGGAUGAGGGAUGUGACUCCCAUGAUGUCAUCCAUGACUUGGAUGCGUUUGAGGAGGCAGGCGCAGUGGGAGGCCACAUGCGCUUCCUGAAGCCCAAGUCUGGCGUGACCAUCAUCGCGGUCCGCGGAAGACAGCGAUACCAGGUCCGUCAGCGAAUGCAUUCAGUGGUUUUAAAGACCGCGUCGAGUAACGAGAAGGCCUUUUACGAGGCCCUGGGCAGCCGCUUUGCGGCCUUGGAGCCUUUUCUGCCGAGAUACUUCGGCACCACGUCCGUCCAGACAAACGGCAGCGUGCAGUCAUAUCUCGUUUUAGAGGAUGUGGGAAUGACCAACCCAGCGGUCUGCGACGUUAAGCUGGGAUUUGUCCAGAGAGCUUCUCAUCAUAAUGAUGAGAAAUGGAAGGCUAUGCGGCGGAAGGCAGCUGCCACAACUUCUGCGCAAGUAGGUUUCAGGCACUGUGGCCUGACAUACUGCGACUGGAAGAGUGGCGCAAAGGUAAAAGAGGACAAGCAUGCGGGGAGACUGGUUCAAAGAUCAGAACUUCUGCGAGCAUUUGGAAAAUUUUUCAAUCAGCAUCCCGGGCAGCCUUGGCCUUUGAGGGGCCCCUUCAAACAAGUGGUGUUGAAAGCCAUCGCUGGCAUCACCGCGUUAGAAGGAAUUGUUAGUGUGCUGAACGGUGUGCGGUUCUGGGGAGCGUCUUUGCUCUUCAUGAUGGAUUCAAAUGCUAUAUGGAAACGAGAUGCCGAGAGGAUCGAGUCUUCAUUCAAAAUGAAGCUGAUUGAUUUCGGGAAUGCUACCUUCAUUGGAGACGGCCCGGACAAGGAGCUUCUGUGCUCCUUGCGGAAUCUGAGAGCGAUGUUUGCAGCUAUGCUGCAAAAGACCGAUGAUGUACAGGAUCCUGCAUUCCAAGUUUGCAGGUACCACCUGUUUGCAAACACUUUGUGGUUGUCGGCCAAGGGAGUGCAAGGUUUAGUUGCAUUGACAAUUGAUGAUGGAAUUUGUCGAGGUGAUCAAGCGAAGUCCAUGCUGCCGGAGGUGCUGACUCUGCUGCGGACUUUUUCUGCCAAGGCCACGUUCUUUUUAAGCUCCCACUAUGUCCAUGGCAACGAUGUGCAGAGGCUGCUUUUCGAAGGCCACGAACCCGCAAACCACAUGCCAGAGGACAGAGAAUAUUCUUCCUUCUCAGCCAAGUCCUUUGAAACAGCUUUGGCUGAAACUGAUGAUCUCCUGCGGCCCUUCCUCAAAGCUUCAGCGCCGCGAUGGUUCCGUGCACCGCAAGGGCGGUUGACAAAGGAGAUGGCACAAGUACUGCAGGCACGCAACAUGUCCCAUGCAUUGGGAGAUUGCUAUGCAGAUGAUUGGGCUAUCCCGGAUCCAAUGAGAGUGGCCUCUGUGUACCUCCGACAGGUACAGGAAGAUGAGGUUGUGAUCAUGCACAUGCCGCAGAAAGGCUUCCGCCAACACACCUACGAGGUGCCGGGCUUGGAAAGUGAAGAUCCAUUUGCCUAUGGGCUUCAGACUAUCGACACUUGCACACAUGUUGUCGCAAUAUAG